UUACCCGAAAUUAUUGGGCACUCAUAUUAAUAGUUUUUCCAAUUUUCACAUUAUUUGGCAAUAUAUUAGUGAUAAUGUCUGUGUUUCGUGAACGUUCCUUACAAACGGUUACAAAUUAUUUCAUCGUUUCACUGGCAAUAGCAGAUCUUUUAGUAGCUGUAGUUGUGAUGCCAUUUGCCGUCUACGCUCUGGUAAACGUUACAUGGGGCUUACCAUAUUUUGCGUGUGAUUUUUAUAUAGCCAUGGAUGUGAUAUGUUCCACUUCAUCGAUUUUUAAUUUAGUUGCAAUAUCAGUAGACAGAUAUAUCGCUGUGACACAACCAAUAAAAUAUGCCAAGCAUCGGAACAGUCGACGUGUUUGUCUAACCAUUGUCAUGGUAUGGGCGAUAUCAGCAGCCAUUGGUUCACCCAUAGUUUUAGGUCUCAACAAUACACCGGAUCGUGAUCCCAGUCUGUGUAUGUUCUAUAACACAGACUUUAUAGUAUAUUCAUCGUUAAGCUCAUUCUAUAUACCCUGCAUAAUAAUGGUGUUUUUAUACUGGAACAUAUUCAUGGCCUUGCGUAGUCGUGCCCGUAAACAGCGUGCGGCACGAAAGCCUCAUCUUUCCGAACUGACGGGCGGAAGUGUCAUUGAGAAUAUUGCACAGACACGGAGAUUAGCGGAAACUGCGCUGGAUAGCAGUCGACAGGGUGUACGGAUAAUGCCAGAUGAACCGGCAACGAAUACAGGAUCUGGGUCAAAUGAGGAGGAGGAUGAAAAUGCCAUAUCACCAGACAUUGAUGAUUGCCAUGUAAUUGUCAACGAUAAAUCCACCGAAUUUAUGCUGGCCACUGUGGUGGAGGAGACGGGCAAUGUGGUGGCCCAAAUUACAACCCAGCCGCAUCUUAUGGUAGCGGAUUCAAAUGGUAAUCAUGAUUCUGGUUAUGCACCAUCAAACGUUGACGAUGUCCUUACAGGAAUUGCUGAAGACUCAUCACCACCUGACAGUCCGGUAGCCAGUGGGACGACACUGCAACGUUCGGCUAUUAGCAGUAGGCGUAAUACGGGCGAUGUAUCACCAAAACGGGAACAUGCCUUAAGUGCUGCCAUGAAACCAUUAUCGUUUAUGCGAUACGGAGUACAGGAAGCCAUGACAUUGGCACGCAACGAUUCCACCCUAUCGUCAACAUCGAAAACAUCCUCUCGCAAGGAUAAGAAAAACAUUCAAGCAUCCAGAUUUACGAUAUACAAAGUCCACAAGGCAUCCAAAAAGAAACGAGAAAAAACCUCAGCGAAAAAGGAAAGAAAGGCAACAAAAACCCUGGCAAUUGUUUUGGGUGUUUUCCUCUUCUGUUGGCUGCCAUUUUUCUCCUGCAACAUUUUGGAUGCAAUGUGUUCGAAAUUCGACAAAGAUUGUAAUCCCGGCGUGACGGCAUUCAUUUUCACCACCUGGUUGGGUUACAUAAAUAGUUUUGUAAAUCCCAUUAUUUAUACGAUAUUCAAUCCUGAAUUUCGUAAAGCAUUCAAAAAGAUUAUGCAUAUAGGGUGAUUAAAAUUACAGG